UAAGGGACAGCACACAUGAACAUUAAAGUCUCCAAGGAUUAAAAACCUAUCAAAAUUAGGAAUAAUACCACUUAAAGAUGCAGAAAAAUCAGCAAGAAAGUCUUUAUGAGGUCUUGGGGGUCGAUAAAUCAAUGCAAUCACCAAUGGAUUUACAGAGCCCAAAGCCAAAAGUUGAAGUUCGAAGCUGUUAUACGCAUCAGUCUUUAAAGAAAAAUUCUCUUUAAAAAUAGUUGCCAAUCCUCCUCCCUUUCUCACAGUUCGCAGGGAAUUUAAAAAUGUACAGUUGCCAGGUAACAGUUCGGAAAACGGACUCACAUCCCCAGCAGUGAACCAGGUUUCCGUUACAAAUAGAAAAUCCAGAGAAUGUGAAGUGAAAAAGUCAUUGAGGAUAAAAGUCUUAUUCAUAGCUGAUCUUGCAUUGACCAAAGCCAUUCUUACCCACACCGGGCCGUCCACUGCCUGUGUGGUCCGACACAGCGAGCGGAGAUUGUGUACCCACACACCGCCACGACGAAGACGAGGAGAACGGAGCUGGUGUAGCUGAUCAAAGGCAGUUGGUAGAGCUGGAAUAAUCCAGGAACAGACAGGAUCCUAUGGACCCCAUAUGACAAAACGUCUAAGAUCCACAUCAUGAUUUGGGACGACCAAACAAGGUCUGAACUCUCUUUUUGCUAUCAGCAAAAGUUUGAUAUUGACAGCUAUGCCUCCUCGUUUCCCCCGUCUUUUCUGGCGUCUUUUCACAGGUAAGGGGCACGGAGUUCGCCGUAGACAUGCAGGGCCUCUCUGAGCUUGGUUAAACAAGGCAUCCGUAGAGAUUUGCAAAUUUAAAAGCGUUUGACAGUCAUAUACUAUCAGCGGUGAGACAGCUUGAAAUAAAGAAAACCAAAAACACAGUAAAAUAAACAAACUAAGACACACAGAAGGGAGCAAACGGAAAGCCACACACAACGGCGCCAUCACGUCAUGUACUUAGUUCAAUUAAAUAUAAAAGUAUAUUUUCAAACAUCUCUAUAUAACCCUGUACCUCUUAAGGCUAAUUUAGAGAAGAUGUGCCAUACCCUGGAAGACCAGCUGAGUUAAAUCAAGACCAAGAGUGAUAAAAAUGUUCGUCAGCUGAAUGACAUGAAUGCACAACGUGCAAGACUUCAGACUGAAAAUGGUAAGGCAUGGCAAAUAAAAUGACACAUGUAAAAACCUUUAAAAAAUGUAUUAAAAAGUUUCUAUGUUAUUGAAUUUCACAGUAAUAUUUCUAAUGUGAUUCCAAGGUGAAUUUAGCUGCCAACUGGAAGAGAAAGAAGCACUUGUUUCACAGCUAACUAGAGGAAAACAGGCUUAUACACAGCAAAUUGAGGAACUCAAAAGACAUAUUGAGGAAGAAGUCAAGGCCAAGAAAGCUCUGGCCCAUGCGGUUCAGUCUGCCCGCCAUGACUGUGAUUUGCUCAGAGAGCAGUAUGAGGAGGAGCAGGAGGCCAAAGCUGAACUCCAGCGUGGAAUGUCUAAGGCCAACAGUGAGGUGGCUCAGUGGAGAACCAAAUAUGAGACUGAUGCCAUCCAACGCACUGAGGAGCUUGAGGAAUCCAACAGGGGCCUAACAAUUGCAGUUUUAAAGAAGCUUAAGAACGUGAGCCGACUGCAGGAUCUGGUAGACAAGUUGCAGCUGAAAGUGAAGGCCUACAAGAGCCAGGCUGAAGAAACUGAGGAGCAGGCCAACACUCAUCUGUCCAGGUACAGGAAGGUGCAGCAUCAGCUGGAUGAGGCUCAGGAGUGCGCUGACAUUGCUGAGUCCCAGGUCAACAAGCUGAGAGCCAAGAGGCAUGAGGCUGGAAAGAGUAAGGAUGAAGAAUGA